UAUGAACUUAUGGAUUACAAAACUUUCGUAACAUACACUGUCUAUGUCAGUAUGAUUGCGUUAGAAAGACCUGAUCUCAGAGAAAAGGUCAUUAAAGGAGCAGAGAUUCUGGAGGUUUUGCAUAGUCUCCCAACAGUUCGGCAGUAUCUCUUUUCACUAUAUGAAUGUCGCUAUUCGGCCUUUUUUCAGUCAUUAGCCAUUGUUGAACAAGAGAUGAAAAAGGACUGGUUAUUUGCUCCUCAUUACCGAUAUUAUGUCAGAGAAAUGAGAAUUCAUGCAUACAGUCAGCUGCUGGAAUCAUAUAGGUCAUUAACACUUGGAUACAUGGCUGAAGCUUUUGGAGUUGGUGUCGAAUUCAUUGAUCAGGAACUGUCAAGAUUUAUUGCAGCUGGGAGACUACAUUGCAAAAUAGAUAAAGUGAAUGAAAUAGUAGAAACCAACAGACCCGAUAGCAAGAACUGGCAGUACCAAGAAACUAUCAAGAAAGGAGAUCUGCUGCUAAAUAGAGUUCAAAAACUUUCCAGAGUAAUCAAUAUGUAAUACUUAAAGUCCAUAAGGGAGUGCAUAAUCUUUUAGUUUGAAAAAAAAAAACAUUUAGAGGUCAUCUAUUUGUCCUACCUAGCUUAGAAUGCAUAUGAGGAUUUCCUCCAGUGAUAAAUAUGUUCUUGUGAUUUUUACAGUUUGCUUCAUUAUGUGGGCAGUUCAGAUACUAAAUGCUUCAUCCUUGAUUUCACAGUAGAUUUUUGUUGAAUGUGUAAUUUGAGAAAAAUCAUGCAUUUUAAAAGAUCUAUGUUGUCUUUGUUACUACAUUGUGCUCCAGUGUGUAUAGAAAAUCUGAAAGUUGGCAGGUAUUUAAACUGAGAAAAAUUUUGAUAGAACUCUUUCUCAAAAAAAGUACUUAGACUUUAGCGUAUAACAAAAAUGCCAAAAUUCCAUAAAUCCCAGCCCAUCUGGCAAAAUAAAACAUGAAACUGAAACAGUGGCUGAAGAUAGCAUUGCAGGUAGUAUGGAUACUAUUGCCUAUUUGAGAUUAAUUGUCAUCCUUGCAUUUUGGGGGUAUAAUCUGGCUAUGAAAAUUGGGUAAGUAUAAAUUAUAGUGAUCUGCCUUCACUCCCUGGCUCCUCAGCUUCAUAGUCACAAGGGGCAUUCUUACAUAGAAUGGAGAGUUUAGGUCCUUUGGAGCCUAGCAGUGCAAUUUUUGUAAAAGUCACAAAAAGCACAACACUCAAUGUAACUUGCCCCUGAUAAAUUAGAGUGGAGGCUACAGAAACUUUCCUUUAAAAAAAAAAAUAAACCAACUGCUGAACAUUCUGUUAUCUCCAUUAUUUUAGAAAUAAAUAUUUAUUCUGGAUGGUUUUAUUA